AGACACACGCACCUACACCCACAGAUUCACACCACAGACAGAGACUCAGAGCCAGUAUGGGAGACCUGAAGAUCGCGAUGCUCCAUGGUAAGGACCAGGGGUUGCAGCUCCUCCACCACCCAGACAGGGUAACGGUAGAAGGGCUUAUCCAUCAGUCCCUGGAGGCCAAGGAGUUUGCCUACUGUCCCUACAGCAAUUUCAGGGUGGGGGCUGCCCUCCUGGCCCACGACGACAGAGUGUUCACAGGUUGCAAUGUGGAGAACGCGUGUAACAACCUGGGGGUGUGUGCAGAGAGGAACGCCAUCGCUAAAGCGGUGUCAGAGGGAUGCCGUAGCUUCAAGGCCAUCGCUAUCGCCAGUGACUUACAUGACCAGUUCAUCUCACCAUGCGGUGGCUGCAGACAGUUCAUGAGAGAGUUUGGGGCCAGCUGGGACGUGUACCUGACCAAGCCAGACGGCUCAUACAAAGAGAUGAACGUCAGCGAGCUGCUUCCUGUCUCCUUCGGUCCAGAAGACAUGUCCAUGAAGAAAGUCGUCAAGAUCUCCAACGAGUAUUAACCCGUUAUAACAACCACUGGAAGGGGGGGGCGGGGGUAGAUAAAUACACAAGUUGUAAAUUAUCGAGAUGUAUUACACAAAUCUUUGAUAUAAGGUAGAUUGGGGGUUCCAUUUUAUGUAGCAUGUGUGGACUGGAUAGUAGUGCUAUGGCAAAGAUGUAUAUUUAUGCAUUUUCAUUGUUCAUGUAUAUCGAGAUUUAAAUGUUAUUGACAGUACAUUGAUCAAUUUGUAUUCAAUACAUGUAUAAUAUUUUGUCACACUUAGCUGGUAUCUUUAUUCCACAUCAAUCUAUUCCUGUGAGUGAUAGAUUUAGAAAAUGUUUAUUAGGCUUAGGAAGCAUAUAGGCUACAUCAAAUAAAUAUCAACAGCACAUCGAAUAAUUCUACAUUCACAUAAUUUCAUACCAAUCGUUUAAAAUGGACUACAGUACUCUCCCAAACAUCUCAAACGUACAUUUUGUUAAAUCUCUCAUCAGCACCAAUAUUGGACAUGAACAUGAAAAACACAUUAAAAUGAAAGGCAGGCAAAGUG